AUGUCAACGACCAGGGUCAAGCAUAUCGUCCUGAUCCUCUCGGGCAAAGGCGGCGUGGGCAAAUCCUCCAUCACAACCCAGCUCGCACUCUGCCUCUCUCUCGCCGGCCACUCCGUCGGCAUCCUCGACGCCGACCUCACAGGCCCCAACAUCCCGCGCAUGCUCGCCAUAGAAGAUGCCAAAGUAAGACAAGCACCGGGCGGCUGGCUCCCCGUGACCGUCCACGAAGCCGACCCAUCCACAGGCAAGGGCCCCCUCCGCGCCAUGAGCCUAGGCUUCAUGCUCCGCGACCGCGGCGACGCCGUCGUCUGGCGCGGGCCCAAAAAGACGGCUAUGAUCCGACAGUUCCUAUCCGACGUCCUCUGGGGUGAGACGGAUUACCUCCUCAUCGACUCGCCGCCGGGCACGAGCGACGAGCACAUCUCACUUGCUGAGACGCUAGCGAACAAUGCGCUGCCGGGUCAGGUGGCGGGCGCGGUGGUCGUGACUACGCCGCAGGCCAUGUCGACGCAGGAUGUGAGGAAGGAGUUGAAUUUCUGCUCGGCGACCGGGAUUAAGGUUUUGGGGGUUGUGGAGAAUAUGAGCGGGUUUGUGUGCGAGAAUUGUGCGGACUGUAGCGAUCUAUUCGGGUCUGGGGGUGGGAAGGAGACGGCGGAGGACUUUAAUGUGCCGUUUUUGGGGUCAGUGCCUAUUGAUCCUCAAUUUGGCGAGCUGGUUGAGUCUGGGAGGAGACCUAGGUAUCCGCAGGGAACGAUGGCGAAUGGAAGAGAUAUAGGGGUUAAAGAAGAGGGUGUCACAGCAGAGAGCCUGGAAGGUGAGGUCAAGGAUGAUGUGGAGAGCAGAGAUCCUACUCUUCUGGCGGAGAGGUACAAGGAUUGUUACUUGUAUCACGUACUUGGGCCGAUUACAGAAAACGUUAUAGAGAAUGUAGAAGCCGGCACAAGGUAG